GUGGUAGUUCGAAUCGAACGAUCAUAGCGUGCGUUUCUGACAGUAGUGCAAGCUCAUCGCGACUAAGAUAAUUCCUACGGUUAAUUGCUGAUCGACUGAGAUUUCUCGAUUUUUCGUGGGUGAAGACGCGAUUAAUGCUCAGAUUGCAAAUUCAAUUACAAAUUGGCGGAAGCAUCCGAGAAAUUCGGUUAUCAAGAAAUCGAUUUCUGUCACGCUAGAAUAACUUAUACGAUAAACGUGUGUUUCGUCGCAAAUUUAUUCUGAUUUAAAUUGAUUAAUCGAGCAUUAUGGUCGGCUGAUUUGCAAUUUCUAAUUUUCUGCCGACUAACCAUUGCCAAUUCGUCCGGAAAGGAAAGAAGGAUUCGCAUGCUUGCAAGCAUGCGUCGCCUCGUUUCACGCCGUACAUCACGCGCGUAACGCGGAAAGUGUCCCGAUCUGGGACAGUCCAGGUACCCCACCCGUGAUUCAGCGAUCCAUCGUUCCCGGUGGCCUCCCGCUCCCUCUUUUCUCGCCUCUCCGCGGUUCGUUCUCUCGGUGCCUUCCCUUUCGAACUUUGGUCCUUGCUGCCAUCCGGUCGUGGCGGCGUAAGGUUUACUAAGAGAGCACGCGUCCUCCGAAGGUUCAGUACAAAACGCGCGCUCGGACUCGAAGGAUCCUUGGAUCCUCCACUUGAUAGAGAAGAGAAAGAAAGGACCUGGUCAACUCGCGCGGGAUCUCAAUGCUAGGCUGAACGGUUCGAGUGUGAUUACCUUGCUUGUCCAGCAUCCGCCGGCGAUCCGAUUUCGGUGCUCGAUCGAGCGUCGCGAUUUCGGUGCUCGAUCGCGUGGAAAUCGCGAUGUGGGGUCGCGGAGUCCUUCUAGUGUCGUUUGCGCUCAUAGCGCUCGGAUCCACGACCAAAUGCCCGAAGAGAAAAACCUCACCCGCCAGAGAAAUCCUCUGCUAUACUUCUACUUUCGACGCGCAACUACUCGCCGACUCCGUAUGCAGCUGCACCACUCUGGUGCAUCAAAAUCAUGACGUGCGAAAUCUUUCAAUUUCCGAUAUUACCGAUUUGCGGAAGUCCUUGAGUGAGAUGCAUCCAUCUCUUCAAUUUGCAAUUUCUAUACAUGACGCCGAGAAGACGCUGAGAACUUCCGCUAUGUUACGACAGGAAACGAUCGCCCGGAUUAUUGCUGUCAUGAAGGAGGUGGAUGGCGUAGAGCUAAAUGUGACGGCGGGUUCUAAAGAGCGUCUUUAUAACUUCGUCAAAAGUCUAAAAGAUGAGAUGAUCAGGAAAUCCUAUGAUAAACGGAUUUUCGUGACUUUGCCUAGUAAAUCAGAGGACUUGGCCAAGCAGUUCGAUCUCAAGGAACUCGCAAAGUACGUUGAUCUAUUUACGCUGCCAACGGACUACUUGACAGACGAAGAUAGUACCUUUGUUACCUUUCACCCCUCGCGUCUAAUGGGACUCUUCGAUAUAUUGAACACGGACAGCUUAGUAGACUUGAUAAUUGGAUUAGGAGCUCCGAAGCAAAAAAUCUUAGUGUCCUUGCCGGCUAACGCAUAUAAAUUUACUUUGAAGGACGAGUCUGAGAACGUUCCUAGGUCGCAAACUACCGAAAAAGAACCCGUUCCGAUCAACCGUGAACAGCUCUGCGAAGCUAUAACCAGCGGAGAAUGGACCGUUGAACGAGAUGAAGAUCUCACGGCACCGUACGCGUUUCGAAACAAGACGUGGAUCUCUUUCGAAGAUAAGAUUUCAGUCGGAAUAAAGGGAAAAUAUGUGUAUCUGCGCGAUUUGGCGGGAUUGGCAGUGCGAAAUGUAGAAAACGAUAUAAAGACUGAGUGUGAGAAACCAAUCACGCAAGAAAUUUAUCAUUCCUUCACGGAAUUUAAGAGAAAAUCGAGACAUGCCGUGCUUAAUGCGCUGGAAGACGAGCUUCAUGAAGCUCAAUUUUCGUAUCCAAAUCAAGCGAAAACGUCAAACUUCCGCGUGAUUCGCGCAGUAGACGCGGAAGGACAUAUCAGAGCUGUACGCGAAAACACCCAAACCGAAUUCGUUUGUAGAAGACAGGGCUACUUCGUACAUCCUAAGAGUUGCAACAGAUUUUACCGCUGCGUCAAAUUCAAUCAAGAGGUCGAAGAUUAUUCCGUCUUUGAAUUCGAUUGUCCAGCUGGCCUGUCGUUCGAUGAGCGUACGGAGGUUUGCGUAUGGCCAGGCUCUUUGCCUCAAGGCUCACCGUGUCCUGGCAGCAGCGAAAUUGCUCCUGUGACACCAAAAAGAUUCGAAUGUCCAUCUCGAUCCGGCUACUAUGCGGAUCCGCAGAACUGUCGUUGGUUCUUUGCUUGCAUGGACUUAGGUGGACCUGAGUUAAUGGCGUUCGAGUUCCGUUGUCCGUAUGGCUUGGUGUUCGACGAAGAAAAAUUGGUGUGCGAGUGGCCCUGGUUGGUACCAGCUUGCUCAGAAUCCGGAUCAGCUUAUACCAGGACGGAAUACGACUAUAGAGGAUACACUGCGGGAACCUCCGCUGGACUCGGUACUGGAGGUUACGUUACUGGCUCUAUACCUGGAUAUUCCGUCACAACUGGAACCGGUUAUUCCGAUUAUUCUAAGUCUACUGAUGCUGGUAUUCACGAGGGUAGCCGACCGAACUAUUUCGGAAUUACGGGACGCAUCGGCGGAUAUACUAGUAUUUCGUCUUCUGAUGCUGGAGCAACCUCUGGACAUGUAGGAUUAUCUAGUCCAUCUGUGGUUGGUUAUUCUGGACCAACUGGACAAUAUGGAGAAUCAGUACCCAUCUCAACGUAUUCUGGACCUGAUAUACACGUUGCUUCUAUAUCUCCCGGAGUAACCGUUGGAGGAAGCACAAGAUACCCUACAGUGAGUAGUGGAAUUAGCAGUACUACACAUACUGCGUCCGAUGGCAGAGUUGGAUAUUCUGGAUACACCGGUGAAGUUACUGGAUAUGCCAAUACUGAAUCGAGCCGUAUUAGUACGGGUAUUUCUGGAUCUACAGGAGGGUAUUCGGGAACAUUUGCUGGAGAUCAUUUAACAGGGCAAGGUGUAACUUACUCAGGGAUACCUGGAUCAAGUUAUUCUGGCUCUACACACACAGGAAGCGUCAGUAGAGGUCAUCCGAUAGCAGGAGUAAGUUAUACAAGACCAGAAACGAACUAUUUCGGUCCCACGGAAUCGCUUGGGUCCGUUGACAUUCGCCUAGGCUCUACUGGACUCAAGCAUGAUGGAUCGACAAGUCUGUACACAGAAUCCAAUACAUUUAAUGCCGAUGGUUACUCAGCUUCUACCAAUGUCUAUCCAGGAGCAACUGGACGUCAACCAUCCGGCGCAACGGGCUCGUUAUACGGAAGCGUACCUAAGUUCCCUUUUUCCGGAGCUACUAGCGGUGUUGAAAUCAGUGGAUCAAUAAGCGGAGGAUACACAGGAUCAACUACAGAAGUAUAUCGAGAUUCUGCUGCUACGGGAUACUCAAAAGCUACUGAUGGAAUCCGUGCUGGCUCUUUUGGAAUUGAUGUAAAUCUGCCGAGCAGUUCUGGAACAGACUCAAGCUUGCACUCAACGACAGGACGUGUCACAGGAACUAAUUUUGUUAGUGGCGCUUCAAAACCAGGAUUUGCGCCUUCUUUUGGCCCCGGGCGUCAAAGUGUUACGACUACUGACAAUAGUCAUUUAAUAAGAGGUAGUACACCAUUUUCUGGAGCAACAGGUACUUCUUCUUCAACAGCUAUAAGAUACGAUCAUGAUGGGUACACAAUUCCUGUGUUCAUACAACCAGUGGAACCGAAUUAUCUUUCGAUUGGGACAACAGGAGCCGGAGUUAGGGAUCAUAGCGAAACAGCUGAGACAUACGAAGUCAGAGUGACGAGUGGCUAUACGCAACCUAAUUUAGCGAGACCUCAUUUAAAUGUCAGCAUUUUCAACAAUAAAAUUCCUACUGACUAUAACGUUCCGACAGGCGCUACUAGUGCAAUUUUGACUGGAAGCAGCGUAGAAGGAAGUAUUAUUACCGAUGACUCUUUGCCGGGGACCAUCCUCAGUCACGGAAGUAUUCCUGGAGCGGUAUCAACUACUGCUAGUGAGCAAGGUGCCAUCUUGACUGGAAGUAUUCAACCUGGCUAUAUAUCUACUUCUUCCGGGACACCAGGAUACGUGAUUACGGGCGGGGUGAAGAAUGUUGACGUUGGAUCUGUUAGUGGAGGAACAACAAUAUACGGAACUCCAUCGCCUGGAAUUUCAUUAACCGGUCCUUCAACGCCAGGUGUCGUUCUGAAAGGUGACAUUACUCCAAAUGUCGCUAUUUCCGGAGAAACUGCUUUUGGAGUAUCUCUAGGAGGUUCUACUCAAGCGGGAAGCAUCGUGAGUGCAACCGGUAAACCGUACGUUUCUCAGCCAGGCGUAACUUAUCAAGACACCAGCGGAAGCAGAGUUGAAACAGGAGGAUCAACAAGUUAUUCAAGCGCCAUUUUGACUGGAGGAUUGAGCUCUCAAGGCUACAAACCUGACGGGGGACGUGGCACCGUGACGUUCAACGUUCCUUAUGAUACUGGAAAAUAUUCAGAAAGUGAUCUUCCGGACUAUAGACCAACCAGUGCUACUCUUCCGGACUCUAUCCUACCUGGAAGCAGAAUAGACAGCACCGGAGGUGUUGUUUUCGGCUCUACUUUAUCCGGAGUUCGAGACUCAAGCACUAUUGCUCCAGGAUACUUUUCGACUAAACCAUCUGUCUUUACACCAAGUGGAUUCACAAAAACUGGUCCAACUAAAACGGGUAUAACCACUGCUCUUUUAAGCGGUGGAGGUAGUUACUCGGUAAGCACAAGCGAACGUCGGCCCAUUUUGAAUCCCGAAAAUAUCGGUGAGAAAGCAUUCGAUGGAAACGUUGGUGGCUACACCAAACCAUCGUUCAUCGGUAGCUUAUCCUCUACUUUAACUCCAUCUAUUUACUCCUCGACAAUUAGGCCAGGUGAUCGUGUUACUUUGCCAUCAACUGCCUACGGCUAUUCGUAUCCCAAGCCAGCCGUGAAAUUUGUAACUGGCGGUGCAAUUUCUUCCGCAUCACCUAUUUUACCGAUCGAAGGUAAUCUACCAGUUACAACGCCAACACCGUUUUUGAGUGUUGAACUGCAUAAUGGAUUAUCUGACAGAACUAGCGUAUUCGAAUCAAAGAUACCUACUGUAUCAAAUGAUCGCUUACCAACACCGACUGUUACGCCUAUAAUUUAUACCACCAAGCAACCUGGGACUUACCAAACCACUUCGGUAUUAACUGAAGAUAGAUUUACCCAACGGAUCGGUGGCUCUCAAACAGGAUCGAAAUCUAGCAUCGGUUUAGGAGUGCCUUUCCAACGGACCGAUUCAACUCCAAGGGACUACAGUUCCUUCACUUCGCCGUCUCCAGUUUUAGAAUAUCUUCCUGGAAAGCCAAGCAAACCUGGUUUCAUUGCUUCUACCGCGAAAUACGACAUACCUACGGUAACGGUGCGACCAGAACUCGUGGGGGUAACUUACAAGAAACCUUCGCCAGGCUUUGGCGUUACAUACAAGAGUCCAUCUUCCGUCAUAUCGCCUACCACGUUCAAACCUACUGACACGUACUAUUCUGGUCAAGGAUUUUCGACUCCGUCUUCCUUGGGAACGACUGUUCGCGGUGGUUCUCCAACAAAUUUGGAUAUCCCAAGAGAUGAAAUCAACAAAUUAAUCACCAAUUACAGAGGCACUGUUAAAUAUACACCAAGCGUAUACGACAGCUCCGCAAGCUCAGGAUUUAAUUUAACGUCAACCAAACAGUUCUCUUCGUCGUCUAUAAGAACCGGCAGUACUUUUGCUAUCACAUCUGGCCCCACUAUAUCUUCUUACGAAGUCACUACAAAAUCUGCCGAAGGCAAAGGCAAGGUGAUCGUCAAGUGGAGCGAUCUUCAUCCACUUCUUCUCGGUAAGCUUGGAGCAGACUGCACAUGUAAGGCUGAUCCUUUCGCUAACCUUCGCGGUCCAGGGAAGAAGAAUUUGAUCGCCUCUUCGAGGGGCAAAGUGGAUCUGUCUAACUAUGACGAAUCCGAAAUCUACGUCGAUCUUGAGAACGACCGCUCUUCUGAAGAGGGCGACUACGUUACCAAUUAUGGAGAUUACUCACCGCAGCCCUAUAAAAUUAGCCCACAUGAAACAACGAGCGUCGCAACGGUCUCAUCCAACUUACCAUCAUCCUCUUAUUUACCUGCGUCCCCAACAAUUAACACGAAAGGUUUUACAUCCGCGAAGAGUGACGUUCUGGGAGAACCUAAUAGAUUCCGGGGUGGUCUUCGAGUCGGCAAAAAAUUGGAGAACAUUGCUCCGUCACCGAACUCGAUUCCUUCCGAUGAAGAAGACGAUCCCGACCAAAUCAUCGAUGGUGCCACUGACUGUGCCAGACCAGGCCUCUUCAGACAUCCUAAUCUCUGCAACAAAUUCUAUGCUUGUUACUGGGAUCAGUGGAAAAAGAAGUUCACGCUUCACAUUUUUAAUUGUCCGAUCCAUUUGACAUUUGACUCAAGGGCUGGCGCAUGCAAUUGGCCCAGCAAGGGCCCAGCUUGCCAGGCCGACAAUUUGUUAGUGGUGGUGUGGGCGGUGCUGAUAUUGGCAGCGGCCGUGUUGACUGAUGCAGCGGUACCAGAUCCACCGGAAAACCCUGGUAUUACUACAAUUGGCUCCAAGAAAUUGGCAACUGCUGCUGAUUGUGCCGGACUCGUCGCCUUUUCUGCCACUCAAGGCUCGGUGAAGGAAGCUAAACUCGUCCUCUCCGAGACUUUGGUAGAUAAAGGAGUCGGUUACGCGGCGCAGACAGGGAUCUUCACCACGCAUUGUCCGGGUCUCUACCAAUUCAGCUUCGCCGGAUAUGGUAGCACGGACCUACGGCUGACGAUGAAACGCAAAUUGAACAAAUCUGAAAGCUGGAGGCCGAUUGUCAGCGUUGGUCCAGGCGGAGGAAGUAAUCUUGUCCUAUUGGAUGUCGAAGCCGGAGAUCAGCUUGCCGUUUUUGUUGAAUCCGGGAAAGUUUCCGAUGGAGCUACCUUUACGGGUCACCGCGUUUAUAAAAGAUAAGCCGGCCUAAUGGACAAGAGCCUUCAGAAAUUUUAGGCUGAUCAUUAUUGGAAAAGCAAAAUUAAAAUAUUACCAACUGAAACUAAUUCAUAUCAUAUUACUAUUGGAAUAUUUUAUUAAAUGUUGGAUUUCCAACAUUUAGAACAUUUUGGAUUUCCAUAUCUACUUUUCAAAGAGUCUAUUGAAUUAAUAAUUUAUUAACAGGAAAAAUAUAUAUAAAAUGAAUGAAAUUUUAGAGUUUCAAAUUUUAUGAGUUUGUUAUAAAGAUUUAUGACGUAUUAGUAACUGAACUUUUUUAAAUGUGGCAGCAAAAUUAUACCGAGUGUUACCUACUUCGAAUGUAAUCCGGAAAUAUAUAAAGAGAAAAAUGGAAAUCCUAUUAAAGCAAAAGAAUAAUAUAGAAAUAAAUAUUUGAGAUAUUUUUUAUUGCUGCUCAAAAGGCUCUUUCUCAUGUGCUGAAAGAAUCAGAGUUCCUAAUUCGUAGUACUAAAACUUCUCGACGAAUUUAACGUUCUGUGAUAGCUGCCUCUUUUUGCGGUCAGUCGUUCGUUUAAAAUUUUAAUUUUCUGAUUGGUUGAUGCUUUCAGUAGAAAAAGUGAACGUCCAACUCAUUUUGCAAGAUCGCACGUUAAAUCGUAUCAAUCAUGUAUCACUUACACGGUACUAUGACAUUUCCAAGUUAGAAAAACUUCAAACGAAGUUUCACUAGCAUGAAUUUUCUCGAUCUCCAUCUUUCGCUUUACACUCCUUUCUCGUUUUGUCACAUUUUUAUUUACAUUAACUUUCUCCUUGUCAAGUCGUUUUUUUCGAUAUCUUUUUUCUUUUCUUUAUUAUGGUAACACAAUUAAGGAUCAACUUUCUCUGUACAAAACUUUUACAUGUUUCUAUUUUCAUAUUUCUUUUGAUUAUUAAAAUUUAUAAUCUCUUUA